CGAGGGUUUUUAGGAGAAAGUACCAACGCUCUGGCCCACACGUCACUGGUCGGUUGCGUUCACCAAAGGCCAUUCAUCAGUGAUCUACUGAGCCCUCCUCCCUCCGCCGCUCGCCGCCGUUCUCGCCGGGUUCCGGCGCCUUACCACCAUUCCCGUCCUCUCUCCUCCCGGAGAAAUCUGAGAAGAAAUCCAGCGAUUCCAGGGGUAUCCGGCAUGGCUGAUCGCUUCUUCCCCAACAAUAUGCCGGGCUAUGCCGACGAAGGCGCGCCGCCGCCACCGGCGGCAGCGGCGGCGGCGGCGAUCCCCUCCACCUACUCCUCCUCUCUCCACCACCUCCUCUCCCUCCCCUACCCCGACCUCGCCGAUCGCUUCCUCCACGCGGCGCUUCACCUGAAGCAGAAGGUGGUGCACGAGACGUGGGAUAAGAGGCGGCGCGCCGCCGCGGCAGCGGGGGAGGCAGUGGGCGACUUCACCCUCUACACCGGCGCGCUCGGCACGGCGCUCCUGCUCUUCAGGGCCUACCUGGUCACCGGCGACCGCGCGGACCUCGCCACGUGCGCGGAGAUCGUGGCCGCCUGCGACGCCGCAUCCAUGGGGGCCGAGAUCGCCACGUUCAUCUGUGGGCGAGCUGGAGUCUGCGCCCUCGGUGCGGUGGUGGCCAAACACGCCGGAGAUGAAGCUGGCGUUGCUCAUUACCUGAGCGCGUUUAAGGAGAUCAAAAUUCAUAGUAAAUCACCUGAUGAGCUUCUAUAUGGAAGAGCUGGAUACCUAUGGGCAUGCACCUUCCUAAACAAGCACCUUGGAGAUAAUACUAUACCGCCAACCACUACAGACACUGUCAUGAGAGAUAUUAUCAGAGAUGGUAGAACACUGUCCACGAUAGGCUGCCCAUUGAUGUAUGAAUGGUAUGGUGAGAAGUAUUGGGGUGCUGCUCAUGGACUUUCUGGGAUCAUGCAUGUUUUGCUGGACAUGGACUUGACUAAAGAUGACACGGAAUGCGUAAAGGGAACCUUGCGCUACAUGAUUCAGAACCGGUUCCCUAGUGGUAAUUACCCUGUUACUGAGGAGGAUAAGCAUGAUCGAUUUGUGCACUGGUGCCAUGGGGCUCCUGGCAUUUCCCUCACCUUAGCAAAGGCUUCACAGGUGUUCCCAGAAGAACGAUUCCUUGAGGCAAUUGCAGAGGCGGCAGAGGUUGUUUGGAAUAGAGGGCUGCUCAAAAGAGUUGGAAUAUGCCAUGGAGUAAGUGGGAACGCCUAUACAUUUCUAGCACUUUUCCGCCUAACGAAAAAGAAGGAACACCUCUACCGUGCUAAAGCUUUCGCUUGCUUUCUCCUUGACCGAGCUAAACAACUGAUUGCGGAUGGCAUCAUGCACAGUGGUGAUGAGCCGUAUUCCUUGUUUGAAGGACAAGUUGGAAUGGCUUACCUGUUUCUGGACAUGAUUAACCCCCUUGAUUCUAGGUUUCCAGGUUAUGAACUUUGAGUCACAUUCGCUAAAUUUACUAAUGUAUCCAUUUCCAGAUAUGGAGAGUAACCUACGGUUAAAACUUUGAAGAGAUGAAUGGAUAACUCGAAUGAUAUUUCUAAUGCUUGUAUCUUGCAUA